UGGCCAGUUUUCAGCCAUGUUUAUGACAUAGCUGUUAUCAUCAAGGUCGAAAUAUUACCCCUAAGUUAAAGUAGUAAUCCAGAAUUAAAAGCUAACUAUUAAACAGUAGCAAUCCUAAAAUAGAUUAAUUUCUUAGGAACACACCAUGUGGAAUCAAAGUAUGGGCAAACAAUUUUAGCAACCAGCAGUCCAAAAAGUUCUGCUCAUGGUAUGUAACAGAACACUUAGAAAAUAAAAAACAACAACAAUGGCUAUCCCCUACAACACAAAUUCCAUUUUGUUCAUCAUAGUUCUCUUACUCCUUGUACCUGUCAAUCAUUCCUUAAACUCAGAUGAUUUAGUUUCUGAAUUAACCAUCCUUAGUUCUCAAUCUUCCACUGGUGCCAUUUACCUUUCAAACAAACUACUUGGACGAAUUUUAUCGGAACCUGUCCCUAGGCCAUUCACUCUUCUUAUAUUCUUCGAUUCACAUAAGUUACAUUCAGAUCCAGAUAUUUCACUUCCCAAACUCAAAAAUGAGUUCUUGCUUCUCUCCUCUUCUUUUCAAACAAACAAUCCAGAUAACAAUAGGUUCUUCUUCUUUGAAAUCGAGUUUCAAGAAUCACAAGCUUCUUUUGCUCUAUUUGGAGUCAAGUCUCUCCCCUAUAUAUGUUUAGUCCCCCCUUUUGCCACUGAUUUCGAAACGGAUUCUAUUCAGAUGGAGUCCUCUGAUUUCUCCGGGCAUGCUGAAUCGAUGGCCGAAUUCGUGGAGGCAAAAAGUAAACACCAUGUUGGUCCGAUUCAUCGGCCAGGUUUUAUUUCCAAGAAUCAGAAAAUGAGUAUCAUAGCUCUGGGACUAAUCUUGAGUCUAUUUCUAGUGAAAAAGAUUGUUUCAGGGAACAGCCUUUUGCAUAAUAAGAACAUAUGGAUGGCGGGGUCGAUUUUCGUGUACUUCUUCAGUGUUUCGGGGACAAUGUACAACAUAAUCAAUAAGAUACCUAUAGCUAUGGUGGAUAGAGAUGAUCCAGGAAAGUUGGUUUUCUUUUAUGAAGGAUCUGGGAUGCAGUUGGGUGCUGAGGGGUUCACAGUCGGGUUCUUAUAUACGAUUUUCGGGCUGUUGUUUGCCUUUAUGACUCAUGUUCUUGUCCAUAUGAAGAACAGGAAUAUCCAGAGGCUAGUGAUGUUUUUCUGUAUUUUUGUUUCAUUCUGGGCUGUAAAGAAGGUGUUUUACCUGUAUAACUGGAAGACUGGGUUUGGUCCUCUUUACUGAACCAAGUUGGAAAUGAUAGCAAUGUUGUAUCAGUGGGUGAAUUGUUUGGCUGAUAUACAAUAUGUAAGAGAAUA